UCUUCAACCACCAAAAUCUCACCCAAACCCGACAACAUUCAAUCCGCACCAAAACAAAUUGUGUGUGCGCGGGAGACUUGGACUCCACUCUGUGUUAUCUCUUUUAGAGAGAGAAAGCUAGAGAGAGAGAAAUCGAGAGUAACAAUGGCGAUGGCUUUGGCUCUUCGUAGGCUUUCGUCUUCUGCAGACAAGCCCUUGCAGCGUCUCUUCAAUGGCGGACAUAUCUAUUCCAUGUCGUCUUUACCUAGCGAAGCUGUUUACGAGAAGGAAAGACCUGGCGUCACUUGGCCAAAGCAAUUGAAUGCUCCACUUGAGGUCGUCGAUCCUGAGAUUGCAGAUAUUAUUGAGCUUGAAAAAGCUCGUCAAUGGAAGGGUCUUGAACUCAUCCCUUCAGAGAACUUCACUUCCUUAUCAGUGAUGCAAGCAGUUGGAUCUGUGAUGACUAAUAAGUACAGUGAAGGCUAUCCAGGUGCUAGAUACUAUGGUGGAAAUGAGUACAUUGACAUGGCAGAAACCUUGUGUCAAAAGCGAGCUUUGGAAGCCUUUCGGUUGGAUCCUGCAAAAUGGGGAGUGAAUGUGCAAUCUCUUUCGGGGUCACCAUCUAAUUUCCAAGUCUACACUGCCUUAUUAAAGGCUCAUGACAGAAUCAUGGCACUUGAUCUACCUCAUGGUGGACACCUGUCACAUGGUUAUCAGACUGAUACAAAGAAGAUAUCUGCGGUGUCUAUAUUUUUCGAGACUAUGCCUUACAGAUUAAAUGAGAGCACUGGCUAUAUUGAUUAUGACCAGUUGGAGAAAAGUGCGACACUCUUCAGGCCAAAACUGAUAGUUGCUGGAGCAAGUGCUUAUGCUCGAUUGUAUGACUAUGCUCGCAUUCGCAAGGUUUGUGACAAGCAAAAGGCGAUUUUGUUGGCGGAUAUGGCACACAUUAGCGGGUUGGUUGCAGCCGGGGUCAUUCCAUCCCCGUUUGAAUAUGCUGAUGUGGUGACCACCACCACCCACAAGUCACUCCGGGGCCCACGAGGUGCCAUGAUUUUCUUUAGAAAGGGUCUGAAAGAAGUCACCAAACAAGGCAAAGAGGUGUUUUAUGAUUAUGAAGACAAAAUCAACCAGGCUGUGUUUCCUGGACUUCAAGGAGGCCCACACAAUCACACAAUCACUGGUUUGGCAGUUGCACUGAAACAGGCAACAACAGCAGAAUACAAGGCAUACCAAGAGCAAGUCAUGACUAACUGCGCCAGGUUUGCACAGACUUUAAUGGAUAGCGGAUAUGAACUUGUAUCCGGAGGAACAGAGAACCACUUAGUUUUGGUGAACUUGAAACCCAAGGGAAUUGAUGGGUCAAGAGUUGAAAAGGUAUUGGAAGCUGUUCACAUCGCAGCCAAUAAAAACACUGUUCCUGGUGACGUGUCAGCCAUGGUUCCUGGUGGCAUCAGAAUGGGAACCCCUGCUCUCACUUCUAGGGGAUUUGUUGAAGAGGAUUUCGCUAAAGUUGCCUACUUCUUUGACCUUGCUGUAAAAUUGGCUCUCAAGAUCAAGGGUGAAGCCCAAGGGACAAAAUUGAAGGACUUUGUGGCGGCAAUGGAGUCGAGCACCUUUCAGUCAGAACUUUCAAAGCUCCGCCAUGAUGUGGAGGACUAUACAAGCCAGGCAGAAAUUGAGAUGAUGAUUUUGGCCUGAAUUAAGUCGAUGAUUUCAUGGAGCCAUAUAUGAAGAAUGUGAAUGUAAGGCUACAAGUGAAUCUUAUGUAAUAUGUAAAUGAAAGAUGUUUUUUAUAAACCAAUAAAACUUUCUAUUUGGCUCACUCUUUUAACAGUUUUGUUCUAUGAAUAUUACUUAUGUUACUUACGAAAUGUCACUCAUAAUUAAGAA